AUGAUUACUACAUAUAAAGAAUUCAUUUUUAAAAGACCAAACAACUUAGCUUUGAAUUUACUGAAAAAUUUAUUGAGACUUUCUAAUUCAGCUACUAAAAACCAAAAAAAUUUUGCUAAUAACUUAAUUUUCAUCUUUGCUAAAACAAAUUUCAUUGUUACAGGAAAUACAGUUUCUACAAUAGUUAAUGCUACAAGUGCUUUGUCAGAGCUUCAAUUUAAUGAUGUUCAUGGCAUUGAAGAGUCAAUUAAAGGUUUAGUUAAUUUGGCAGAAAAGUAUCAUGAUAACUUUAAUAAUAAGCUUCAAAAAUGCAUUGAAUUAUCACUUAAUGAAGGGGUUAGGAGAAAUAAAUCAUUACAACGAGUUCAACGAUUAUAUAAAGCAAUUGAUGCAGGUGAUCUUGAUGUUUUUAUUACAUUUGUUUUAGAAAGUAUUAAUGUAUUAAAUGGAGUACUUGACUUUACAAUAAAUGCAGAACCAACAGUAAUAAAUGGAUACAUUGGAAUGAAAAGAGAGUUAGUUAAAAUGUUUAAAACAAAUGAAAAUUCUAAAAUGGUUAAAUCUUGGAUAGAAUUUAUUGAAAGUAAAGCUAUGAAUAUCAAUGAGACAUUUAAUUCAUUCCUUGAAGAAAAAAUUAAAGAAAUAAAUAUUCAAUAUAAUAACUGUAUUGAAAAAAUCAAUUUAUUAGAAGGAAAGUGUGAUACCAAUGAAAAGGAAAUGAAAGACUUAGAAGAAAAAUGUAAAGCUAAUAAAAAAAUUGGAGAACAAUUAUUAGACUGGGCAAAGAAGUCACUCUCAAUUGAUAGUUGUGACUUAGAACCAUUCGAUGAUGUUCAAUUAAUUAGAAAGAUUGAAGAAUUAGAAAAAGAACAAACAAAAAGAACUAAUGAAGUUAAAACUAUGUUAGAUGAAUAUACCUCAUUUGAUAAAACAUUAACAACAUUUAAAUUAUCUUCUAAUCCAUUAUUCCCUGUUACGAGUCAAGAAAUGAGUGAUGGUGUUAGAAAAGUUCUUCAAUUACAUCAAUCACGAAUUAAAGCUGUCAACAGUCAUCUACAAACAAGAACAUCAUAUGACUCAGAAAAAGAAAGAUAUACUAGUAAAAUACGUUCAUUUGAAAUGGUGAUAGAAAGGAAAUAUUUUGAUAUUUGCGAUGAUAUUAUGACAUUACCAUUUAAUAAAAUUUUCUUAAAAGAGUCUAUAGAUAAAUUAAAAGGACUAAACCAAGUAUAUGUUAGUGAUAUUAAUAAACUUACUCAUAAGAAAGAAAAAGUUGGAGGAUUAAAACCAUCGUGGGAAAUUGCUUAUUGUAGUUGGGAAGAAAGUAUUAGUUAUGCUAUAUCAGUUGUGGAAUGGUUAGCACAAUUAAUUGAAAAUGUUAAAAAUAAUGAAGAAAAUAUAUUACAAAUGAAGAAAUGGUACGAUAAUGAACGAACAUUUGUUAAAACAGUGAUAUCAGCAUAUUUAUGGGAUGGGUUAUAUAUUUCAUUAGAUAAAGUUACUAUGAGACAGUCCAAUGACUAUUUGAACACUCUUACCAAAGUUUCACAAUAUUUAUUAGACCAUGUAAAGGAAGCAGAAAAACAAUAUGAAGACGCAAAUCGUUUAAUUGAAGAAUUAAGAAAAAGAAAGAAAUUACCAAUAGGAUUUAAAUAUCUUCAAAUGGUACAAAAAGAACAUUUUCAAGAAGUAGAACCUUUAACAAAGUUAUUUGUUGAUAAAUGGAAGGAAGAAGAGAAAGUAGAAAAAAUUAGAAAAGACUAUGCAGCAUUAUUUGAAGAAUUUUUUAAUGAAACUGAUAAAAUUUCUAAUACAGAACCAUCAAAAGUUCCUGGUUCAGUUAUUCAAAAAGUACAAAGUUUAAGAGAUAAAUUAUUGAUUUAUGACGAACAGAAAAUAGACAAGUUAAAUCGAUACUGUGACUUAAAAAGAAGUGAACAAACAGUUUGGGCUAGAUGUUCUGCUUUAGGUAUUCCUGAAAAAGAAGUAAUAAAACAAGAAAAAGAAAAUAAUGCUAAUAAAUCUCCAAGAAGUCCAAGAAAUUCCAUUUACCUAUACAGUGGUAGAAGUCCUAGUCUUCAAACUCCACAAACUGGGUUCCAAAGAGGAGCGAGAAGAGGAGAUGAAAAUAAAGAUAUUAUUGGAUAUUUUAUUACAAAUGAAGAAAAUGUUAAACCAGAUUGUUUCUAUGACCUUUCUGUUGGUCAAAGAGAAGCAUUUGAUAAAGACUUAAAGAUUGUACAAGAUGAUAUUGUAAAAAUAUUAAAUAAUUUGAAUAGCCUCAAUGAGUUAAAGAAUCAAUCACAAGACCCACAGUUUGUGCUUGGUCGAUAUUACCAAUUUGCUAUGGACUAUGUUUCUGCACCUCAAUUACACAUGACUUGGAUCGCAAAACUAGCAAACGAACAUAGAACAAAACAACAAUUUGUUGAAGCAGGAUUAUGUGAAGUUCAUUUAAUACUUUUCAUUCACCAUUUAUUACCAAGUGAGUUAGUGUCAAUCAAUGUUGAUUCUUUAAAAACAACUUUUGGUAAAUUUGUUAGAAAUACCUCUGUUCCUCCUAAUCCACAAUUCACUGCUCACCUUACAGAAGAAAUGAUUCUUCAACAUAUUACUGCAGCAUGUCAUGAUUUUGAACAAGGUCAUAUGCCAUGGUAUGGAUUAACUGUAGCAUCCGUUGUUAUUCCGUAUUACAUUAAAAAGAAUAAAUACAAAGAAUUAGGAAAUAUUCAUGACUUUGUUAAUAGAAUGUAUGACUCAUUGAUAAAUCAUAAUGGUGACGGUGUUGUACGGGAUUAUCUUCAAUUUUAUUAUGUUAGGUUAUUUGGAAAAGUAUUUGGACCAGAGUUAAAUAGAUGUUCCUUCGUUUAUUCUUCAACAAAAGAAAGAAUGUCAUAUUUAUUAAAAGAAGUCACUGAUAUUCUUCCACCCUCUUUCACUGGGGAAAAACAUAUUUUACGUUCAUUAGAUCAAGUCAAUGAUACUGUAUUGAAUGCACCAGAUAAUGAAUGUUAUAUUCUUUGGACUCAAGUCCAGCCAGUCUAUGAUAAUGGAGACUUUAUUCAAUAUAGCUCAACAUUUAAUUUUGAUGAAUUGUGUGUUAAUAGAGAAGAAGGAGAAGAAAUAUUAUCAACAUCAAACGCUCCAGCAUUGAGUUUGUUUAAAAAGAGAACAGUCUUACAAACAGAUUUUGUAUUACCUAGUUUAUUAAAAAGACAAAGCGUUAUUAAUCAAAGUGUUGUUUAUUUAACUCCAAUAGAAAUAAUUAUAGAAGAAAUUCAAAAGAGAAAGAAAAACAUUGAUUACUUCCUUUCAGAAAGUAAAAAAUUCUUUGGAGAAGUUGCUUUUGAUAUUAUAAGUUUCUUACAGAAGAGUAUUGGGGAUUAUUUCUUUGGUUUAAAUGACAGUCCAGUUGGUAAGUCAAAUAUCUUUAAUACCAUGAAAAUUAUUGAUGUUUUAGAUAUUUUUUAUAAAGACCUAAACCGUUUUGACAUGGUGUUAUACAAUAAAUUGUUUGAUAUUUUAAAAGAAUCUACAAAUUGUUGUUCUGAAGCUCUUGCAGUCAUCAAAGAGAAUUCAAAAAUUAGAAAGAGUAGUGCUAAUUUAGAAAAGAUUGAACGUGAAUUACCAAGAAUUGAUAGAGUUCUUGAUGACAUAGAAAAGAGAUUAGAAGAGAAAAAGGAGGAUGUCAUUGCAUAA